AUGGAAUUGACAUCGCCCCUCGGUCUCGAUGCUCUCCCCAGCCAGCACUUCACCAAAGUCAAGCGCAACACCUUCGACUUGAACUUGAUGGUUGUUGGCGAGAGUGGCCUCGGAAAGACCACCUUCAUGAACACCCUCUUCAACACCGACCUCAAGGAGGAGAUCCUCCCCCGCAACCCACAGUCAACUCAGACAGUUCAGAUCCAGCCUUCGUACUAUGAACUGGUCGAGGAUGGAGUCAUCUUGAACCUCUGCAUUGUCGAUACGCCAGGAUUUGGAGAUGAGCUGAACCGUGAGCACAAUGUCGCCCCUAUCAUGGAGUAUAUCGACAAACAGUUCGAGGAGUACAUGACCGCUGAACGACACCCAGGAUUCCGAAAGGCCAUUCCCGAUACCCGCAUUCAUGCCGUGCUUUACUUUAUCGCACCCAACGGUCAUGGUUUGAAGGAACUUGAUGCCAAAGCUCUUCAGACUUUGGCUAAGAAGGUCAAUGUCAUUCCCAUUAUCGCCAAAGCCGACACCAUGACCGCCGAGGAGAAGGUGUCGUUCAAGCACAUCUUGUUGCGUGAUUUGCAGGAGCAUGGAAUUAAAACCUUCCCUUCGGAUUACCCUGAUGAGGUCGAUGGCGCAGAAGAGCUUUUGCAACAUAUUCCUUUCUCCGUCAUUGGAAGCGACACCAUUACCCGCAUUGGAAACAGAGAUGUCCGCUGCAGAACUUACCGCUGGGGAGUUGUUGAAGUUGAGAACGCUGAACACUCGGACUUUGUGUUCUUGAGAGAGCUGCUGAUGUCGACCUGCUUGCAUGAUCUGGUGGAGACGACACACAAUGUCCACUACCAUAAACACCGUGGUGAUGCCCUCCGCAAGCUGGGUCGCCCCGUUUCGAUCUUGGAAUGCGACGACAGCUACGACAGCCAGAUCGAAGGCACCAAGUCGCAGAACAAGCAGGAAAUGGAGCGUCGCGAGGAGGAGAUCCGUCAGAUGUUUGUGCAAAAGGUCAAGGAGAAGGAGAUUGCGCUGCGCGAGCGUGAGGACCAUUUGAACGCCAAGAAGGCCGAGCUGAUGGCGGAGCUGGAGCAGAUGCGUGUGCAGCUCGACGCUGAGCACCGUGAGGUUGAGGAGCUUGUGACUUUGUCGCGUAGCGGUACGUUAAACAAGUCCUCUAGCAAGCUCUUCAAGAACCCCAAGUAG